AAGUACUGUACAUUCGAGCACAACUAGAAAAGUAAACUCUGAAAUAGCUUUUCGAAAUAAAGUCCCUUUAAUCUGAGACUCGCUUGCAAAGAUGGGUGGUAACUCAAAGAUGGGUGGUAACUCGGGAUAUUCCUUGUAUCAAUACCCGAUGCAAAGUCAGCCAAUGGAGAUUGUGUACACGGGCAUUGGAUUUCGAAUGGUGCCAGACGCCCUCAGCCUGAAUGAUCCUGUGUUUUUGCGACAUCUUCUGGUCUUGAUGUGCGUAGUACGCAACCUAUUCCAUAUGUAUCUCUGCUGGCGACAAUUGCGUCUCUGCCAGUGGACGAAGACUGUGCCAAGGCAAAUGCAGGCAACAUUAACCGCAGAUGACUUUCGUGCGGCCAGAGCUGAAGAGAGCUUCAACGUGGAGCAGAAACUAAUGGCGUAUCUUUUCGAUGCGAUAUUCAGUUGCAUCGAGUUGUACUUUGGUGUUCUUCCAUUUCUCUGGCGCGCCAUCAUCACCUGCUACAGCAUCGUGGACGAUCUGGUGUGGCAGAGUCUGGCCUAUGUCAGUCUCUUCUCCUGCUACAUGAUGCUGCGUGGCUUGCCGCAGGUAUUCUACACCAAAUUGGUGCUGGUCACCUUCUACGAAGUGAGUGACGACAAAUCGAUUCCUUUGGUGGGACUGCUGUGCUCCUUCACGCUGCUUGUGGUGCUGCUGCAGGUGGGACUCUUUCCACUCACUUUAGUGUUCUUGAUAAUCGAAGAGAAAGGCGGCACGUACUUUAGUCUUUGGAUUUGGGGCUUCCUGUUCGUUACGACACUGAUCCCCUUACUGGUUUGCAAUCUGUAUGGAAUGUGGUGUGUAGGCAAGCGAAGCAAAUUGCCAGCGGGUGCUUUAAGCAAUGCGCUCGCCGAUGUGCUGAAACAAUUCAAGUUUCCGUCCGACCGCGUUUACGUUUUACGCACAUUUCAGACCGUAAACGAGACAGUAUUUGCCUUUGGCUGUUGGUGUACCAAACAUGUGGUCAUACUCGAGAAUCUCUUGUUUAAUCAAGGCCGACCAGAGUCCGAAUUGCAUCCCGAUGACGUGGGUCGGGGUCUUAAGGAUGAUCAGGUGGUGGCCUAUGUAGCCCAUCAGCUCGCUCAUUGGCGCUAUAAACAUACUUGGAUCACCUUCUUUUUGGCACAUGCUACGCUGCUCAUCUAUCUCAUUUUAUUCGGCACCUGCUACAGACACACGGUGUUAUAUGAGGCAGCGGGAUUUCCUCAGAACUUCUAUCCACCAAUCAUUGGCUAUUGGCUGGUCUACAAGUAUGUGAUGCCACUGUAUUUGACCAUCACCAACUGGAUUGUCUUUUACUUUAUGCGUCGCUUUGAGUUUAUCGCGGAUGCUUACACUCAUAAAAUUGGAUAUAGUUCAGCGUUUAUUUCGGCACUACUCAAACUAGUUAUCGAUAAUCGUGUGUUUCCCUAUGUGGAUCCUUGGUAUCUCAUGUGGCAUCGCAUGAAGCCAUCGCCGCUGCAACGUAUCAAGCACCUGCUGCGCUUGCAGAACGUCAAUAAUGUCUAGAAUAUCAAAUAUAUAAGAAAAUUUUUAUUAAGUGAAUCAUUU